AUGAUUUCCUCCAUCUUCGAGAAAGACGGGACUUUGGAUUAUGUGGUCCAAUUACCUUACCUGCCGACCCGUGUAGAAGAGUUUGCCUGGCGUCUGCCACCAGCAGCACCUCACACGAAGCUGGGGGUGGGCUUUGAGAAACUUCCGCACGUGGAGGGCCUGCGCGUGAUUGAAAUUUGUUCCAACGGCAGGGCACAGACUGCGCAGGCUGCGCGUGACGGCACCGUUGACGAGCGCCUUCGUCCCCCGCGCAAGCUUCAAGGAGGAGACUUCGUGGUGAUGGUGAACGGGCGGUCAUCAAGGUCAGAGAUUUUGGAGGAACUCCGAAGCGGCCGCCUGGUGACUGCGAUUGUCUGGCGCUUCCUUCAACCCUUCCAACUUGAACAACCCCGUGAAUGGGAAAGAUGUCAGACGCAGGAGGAGGCUGCCGAUGACAAGGAUUCAGAGUCGCGCACGGCGCCAUGA